AUGACUGCCGCUUCUACUGCUUACAAGAACUUACACAACCAACUGCUCAUAAACACUAAACAAGCUGUUAAAAAGCAAAAUGCCCAAUCUCUUAAAAAGACUUUAGCAUUGUUAAAUUAUCAAAGAUUAAAUGCAAUCAAAUCAAAAGAUGCUGAUAAAUUAAUUCAAAUAAAUAAUGAUAUCAAACAAGCCAAUAAAGAUACUGAAGAUCCAGUGGUAUCAGUGGAUCCAUUAUUAAUUGAAAAAUUGAAACUUUCAGAAACUGAUAAAAACAUUAAACAUAUUCAAGAUAUUGCUAAUUUCUUAUCAUAUCAAAGAACUUAUCAAGAAUUAAUUGAAAGAUAUAAUCCAGGUUUAACUAUGACUCAAGAAGAUAAAGUUAGAAAAACUGCCAAUAGAGUUGGUUUAGAUUUACCAGAACAAAAAUAG